AACAAUCAACCAUGACGACCGAAUCGGGAUCAGACUCGGAAUCCAAGCCAGACCAGGAGGCCGAGCCCCAGGAAGCAGCAGGGCCUCAGGGACGAGCAGGGGCACAGCCUGGACCAGAGCCCGCCAGCGGAAGCAGCGAGGAGCCACCAGCGCUAGAGCAGUUCCCGGCAGCGGCCGCGCACAGCACCCCGGUGAAGAGGGAGGGCAGCGACAAGGACCGGGACUUGGCUGCCGCAGCCGCGAAACAACUUGAGUACCAGCAAUUUGAAGACGAUAAACUCUCUCAGAGAUCCUCCAGCAGCAAACUCUCACGGUCCCCGUUGAAGAUCGUCAAAAGGCCCAAAAGCAUGCAGUGCAAAGUGACCCUUCUGGAUGGAUCCGAGUACGGCUGUGACGUGGAUAAGCGCUCCCGAGGACAAGUACUGUUUGACAAAGUGUGCGAGCAUCUGAACCUGCUAGAGAAAGAUUACUUUGGUCUCACGUAUCGAGACGCCGAGAAUCAGAAGAACUGGCUGGACCCUGCCAAGGAAAUUAAAAAGCAGAUUCGAAGUGGUGCUUGGCAUUUCUCAUUCAAUGUGAAAUUUUACCCACCAGACCCUGCCCAGCUCUCAGAAGACAUCACCAGGUACUACCUCUGCUUACAGCUGCGUGACGACAUUGUGUCUGGAAGGCUGCCCUGUUCCUUUGUGACCCUGGCUCUGCUGGGCUCCUACACAGUGCAGUCAGAACUCGGGGACUACGACCCCGAUGAGUGUGGGAGCGAUUACAUCAGUGAGUUCCGCUUUGCACCAAACCACACGAAAGAACUGGAGGAUAAGGUGGUGGAGCUGCACAAGAGCCACAGAGGGAUGACACCCGCGGAAGCUGAGAUGCAUUUCCUGGAAAACGCCAAAAAGCUGUCUAUGUAUGGGGUAGACUUACAUCAUGCCAAGGAUUCGGAAGGAGUGGAGAUCAUGUUGGGAGUCUGUGCGAGUGGCCUAUUGAUCUACCGUGACCGGCUUCGGAUAAACAGAUUUGCUUGGCCUAAGGUCCUAAAGAUUUCAUAUAAAAGGAACAACUUUUACAUUAAAAUCAGGCCAGGAGAGUUUGAGCAGUUUGAGAGCACCAUUGGGUUCAAAUUGCCGAACCACCGGGCUGCCAAGCGCCUCUGGAAAGUGUGCGUGGAACAUCAUACCUUUUUCAGAUUAUUGCUACCAGAAGCACCUCCAAAGAAAUUCCUGACCUUGGGCUCCAAGUUCCGGUACAGUGGCAGAACUCAGGCGCAGACGAGAAGAGCCAGUGCGUUGAUAGACCGCCCGGCGCCUUACUUCGAGCGCUCCUCCAGCAAACGUUACACCAUGUCCCGCAGCCUGGACGGAGCCUCCGUGAAUGAAAACCAUGAAAUAUACAUGAAGGAUUCUAUGUCUGCUGCAGAGGUUGGCACAGGCCAGUACGCCACAACAAAGGGCAUCUCUCAGACCAACUUGAUCACCACUGUGACUCCAGAGAAGAAGGCUGAAGAGGAGCAUGGUGAGGAAGGGGACCGGAGGAAGAAGGCCGAGGAAGCCACCCCCGUCCCAGCCCUCCGGCUCGAGGGAAAGCCACCCAGGCAUGGCACCGACUCAUGCCCCUCAUCACCCCCAGCAGCCCACCUUGACCCUGCAUCUCCCACGGAGCUGCGCAGGAGGUGUAAGGAGAGCGAGCGCCCCUUUCCAGGUUCCGCGCUGCCCAAAGUUGAGCCAGCCUUGGAGUCCGACGGCCAGGGGAAGCCUUACUUAGGGGACCAAGAUGUGGCAUUUAGCUACAGGCAGCAGGCUGGCAAAGGAACCACGUUCUUCUCCUUCUCCUUGCAGCUCCCCGAGUCGUUCCCCUCGCUCCUAGAUGAGGACGGGUACCUCUCGUUCCCCAACCUGUCUGAAACCAACCUCCUGCCCCAGAGCUGGCAGCACUUCCUGCCCAUCCGCUCGCCCUCCCUCCUCCCCUGCUUCCUCUUCAUCUUCUUCUUCCUGCUGUCUGCCUCCUUCUCCGUGCCGUACGCCCUCACGCUCUCCUUCCCCCUGGCUCUGUGCCUCUGCUUCCUGGAGCCCAAGGCGGCCUCCUUGAGCGUCUCCCUAGACAAAGACCCGAGUGACAGUUCAGAGGAAGAGACGGACAGUGAGCGGACAGACACCGCUGCCGACGGGGAGACCAGUGCCACCGAGUCGGACCAGGAGGAAGAUACAGAGCUCAAGGCACAGGAGCUCGAUAAGACUCAAGACGAACUGAUGAAACACCAAACCAACAUUAGCGAGCUGAAGAGAACCUUCUUAGAAACCUCGACAGAAACUGCCUUAACCAACGAGUGGGAGAAGAGGCUUUCCACGUCCCCUGUGCGGCUGGCUGCCAGGCAGGAGGAUGCUCCCAUGAUUGAGCCGCUCGUGCCCGAGGAGACUAAACAGUCCUCUGGGGAGAAGCUCAUGGAUGGCUCGGAGAUCCUCAGUCUGUUAGAGUCGGCUCGAAAACCCACAGAGUUCAUAGGCGGGGUUUCCUCUACGACCCAGAGCUGGGUGCAGAAAGUGGAAACGAAGACAGAAUCCAUUGAAACCGAGGUGGCCUCCGCCCCGCACUCGCAGCCCCCCAGCACUGAGAAGGUGCUGCAGGAAACGGUCGUGGUGGAGGAGAGGCGUGUGAUGAACGUGCAGGGCAGUGGGGAUGCUUCUCACGCGGCGGGGGAUGACGCGGAUGCUGCAGAGUCCACACCCGUGGAUCCGCACAGCAUAAAAGGGACGGAAGCAGCCAAGGAAGAGAGAGGAGAGGUGGCCGACAAGUCUGUCCCUGAGCAGGAACAGCCUGCCACUGGCUCCCGCGAGGAGGAGCAGGUGGAGGCUACGCACCCUUCCGAGGCUUUGGAACAAAAGUCUCAUUUUGAGUCAUCCACUGUGAGAAUGGAAAGCAUGAGCGUGGGCGGUGUUUCUCCAGGAGGAGGCAAGCUCGACAUCUCUACCAAGGAAGUGCCAGUAGUUCACACAGAAACCAAAACCAUCACAUACGAGUCUUCACAGGUUGACCCUGGGGCCGAUCUGGAGCCAGGGGUGUUGAUGAGCGCCCAGACGAUCACAUCAGAAACCACUAGCACCACCACCACCACACACAUCACCAAAACUGUGAAAGGCGGCAUUUCAGAGACGAGAAUUGAGAAGCGGAUAGUCAUCACGGGAGAUGCUGACAUUGACCAUGACCAGGCUCUGGCUCAGGCAAUUAAAGAGGCCAAAGAGCAGCACCCCGACAUGUCAGUGACCAAAGUAGUGGUCCAUAAAGAGACAGAAAUCACACCAGAAGACGGAGAGGAUUGACCAGAGGAGUAACCCAGCUUGCACACGAACCCAGUCAUGUAAACCGUUAGGAAAACCGGAGCCUAUGUGGCGUUCCCUCUUCUAACCCAACUGACUUGCGUCUGUCCGUGGAAAAUUCCAGAAGAACUGACCUUGACCGUUAAUGAAAGACACUGGCAGAGAGAUCUUCCCGCAUAAAGCAAUCCGAAUCGGCAUCUCUAAACCGACACUGCAUGAAGCGAUGAUAAAAAAAAAAAAAAAUCACGAAAGAGCCGCGCCGCACUUUUAAUUUCCACCGAAAUCUCUGUUUUCAACCCGACCUGCACGUUCAUAGCCAACUGUGUAAACCGUGAUCUCAUGUAACACGACCACAACUCAUGCCCUACCAUAGUUUAUUAUUAAAGUCUCCACAAAACCACAGUCUCAUAGGUGACAAAUUCUGUUUACAAACAAAUGUUAACUACCCUAAAAUGCUAUCAGCCGUCUAGGUCCGGUGUGUCAGAUUUACCCCAGAUUAGAUGUGCCAAUAACCGACUUUAUUCAGUGAACAACUUGAAUCUUGUCCUUGUCUGAUCUGGUUUUAUUAUUCUCACCCGUAAGCAGUAAUGACUCUCUGACCCUCUAGAAAUGCGUAAUGCUUACAACCUUGCUUUGUGUCUCUAAUUUGUUAUAAGGUAGAAUUGAUUCUAGCACACUGAUGUAAUUUCUUCCUACGCCUUCACUCUGGUCUGCGUUCAAUCCAGAAAGAUUCCCAGAAUUUACCUAAGCAAACCCUCAAUAUGUACAUUAUCAUUGUUUGAGGAAGAAAACCUGUAUUUUUGUUAGUUUAUAAUAUUACGAAAAUCCACUCCAGGAAGAUCUGCCGGGCUGCUUUUUCUUGUUGUUUUUCUUUUCCUUGUAUUUUUUCAUUGAUUUUUUUUCUUCUUUUACUUGAACAAAAAAGGUGUUUUAUUUACAAAUCUGGUCCAUAUUUCCAAUCUAGUUCAGAGCCAAGCCUUAAAUUGUACAGAAUUUCCACUGUAAUUAAACUAUUUAGUGUCUAGUUAGAAAGAGCCUCCAGAAAGAUAUAUUCUCCAUUACGCUGUCUGCUGCAUCACAGCCCGUCCUGAAUCAUGUUACCGCAUCGCAAAAUAAAAAUGGCAAAUGCAUUGAAAGCUCUAA